CUUCUGCUGCUGCAUAAUGUAAUGUUAAUAAUCAACUACAACUGCUAACAUUGUGAAUAGCUUGUUUUAAAGUUGUUGCAGUCAGAUCUUCUGUAUUUUGUUGUGUAUUUUUUUCGCUUUUUUUCUCGUGUUUUUUUUUUUCAGGUUGUAGUGUAUUCUAAUGAAGAUGGCUUCUGGGUCUUCAAAAUCUCAGCAGUAAUGGUAUGCUUAAAGAAAUGACUCUGUAGGCAAAAGUUAUUCUUGAACAGUGAGGUUUAUUCAGAAUAACAGCCUAAACCAAAUCAAGAGACUUCGGGCCAAUGAAGUGACGUAAUCCCCAGAACUUUCUGGGUCGCCCCUUCUUAUAAACCUUUUACCACACCCAGGUGUAAACAAAGCAGGAUCAACCUACAUGCAUUCCUUCUGUAGGAGUUUGCUGCUGAAAUGACACACAAACAUGUUUACUACCCAAAGCUGUUUUUAACAAAUGAGCUAAGGAUGAGUGUAUUUUUCCCAUCCUUAUAAGGAAUUGCUGAGUCGUUAAUUUAAAAGCAAACAGCUCCUGACUGAAACACAAUUCUGCAGGAUGACUCCAUACACCUCAAGGUUUUUAAGCGGACCCCAUUUUAACUUCAGCAGAUCACAGUCUCCCUCUGAGUUUCAGUCUUUGAAAGAUGAGGAGUCAUCUUCAUAGUGGUGACCUCACUUGUGAUCAUCAUGGCAGCUGCGAUUCCUUUGGAGGAGCUAAAAUAUGGGGACAUAAUUGCCUUCCCUCGUACAACAGUAUGCGGCGUCCCUUACACUUACAAGCAUUAUGGUAUUUUUCUGGACAAAAAGAGAUUCCCAGACCAAAAAGAAGAUGACAACCUAUUUCACUUCACAGGUCCAGUCUCAACAAAAAAGUUGACCGGCUGCAUCUUUGAUAAAUUAAAACCUGGUGAUGUAAUCGAGCGUGACAAUUUCCUGGACGACAUUCCACUGAUCAAGGAAAACAACUUAGUUUCUGAAGAUCGCAUAACAAAACGAAUUGCAGAAAAGUAUAAAAGCUGUAAGAUGUGGAAGCCCACUAAGAACAACUGUGAACAUCUCUCUACCUACGUGCGUUAUGGAUUAAAAAUUUCACUUCAG